AUGAACUCUUUAUAGAAUAUUAGGAAAAACAGACCUUUUCCAGUAUCAAGCUACGUGUUAGAAAGUUUAGAUAGCUCGUAAGAAGAAAUAAACCCUAAAAUAAGAGCUAAACAUCAGACUUUCAUUGAAAGAAGACCAUUUUCAGGCAAUAGAGCUAAAAAUCUAUCAAUUAAUAUAGGAGACUCUAGAUAAAGUAGAUUUAAAAACAGUAAAAUGAAUAAGAAAGAAAACUUUUCGACUGCUAUUGAGUUUUAUCAGAAUUAUGAAAUACUAGAAAAAAUAGGAGAAGGUGGCAGCUCAGUAGUUAAAUAAUGUAGAAAUAAAAAGAGUGGAUAGCUUUUAGUCGUAAAGAUAAUAAAAUAUUCAGACACAGAAAGAGUUUUUAGUAUAAUUUAAGAAGGGAGGAUACUUUCUGGAUUAAACCAUCCAAAUAUUAUCAAAAACCAUGGAUUUUACAUAGACACUACAAAAAAGACUUGCUAUAUAAUCAUGGAAAAAGCAGAAGGUUUGACUCUUAGCUAAUGCACUGUGGAUAGCUAUAUAUUUACAAACUACAAAAUGUCAUAAAUUACAAAAUCGCUUUUGCAGACUCUGAAUUAUCUCCAUCUUAAUCAUAUCUGCCAUAGAGAUAUAACACCUAACAACAUUUUUUAUAACCAAGGUAGUAUCAAAUUAAUAGAUUUUUCUAUCUCGAAAGAUUUAGGGAAUUGUCUUGUUAAUGGCAAAAUGUAUAGCUAAAAUGGUAACAUAGUAUAUAUGGCACCUGAAGUACUGUAAGGAAAGGUGUAUGACAAAUCUGUAGAUGUUUGGGGAGUAGGAAUAACUAUUCUAACAACAUUUUUAGGCUAUAAUCCGUUUGUAGAUGAGAACGGCUACGAAUUAUCAUCAAUCAGAAAUAUUUGUGAAAAAGAGCUGGAUUUUACUGAAUAUAAAUAAAUAGAUCCCAGUGCAAUAAAUUUAUUGUAAUAAAUGCUUUAAAAAGACCCUGAAAAAAGAAUCACAGUAGAAAAAGCGCUCAAACAUGAAUGGCUUGAACAAAAAAUUGAUAAAGAAGAGCUCACAACACCACAAUUUAGCAGCCACAAAUUCAAAAGACAUUCUGUCUUCGUAUGUAAUAAUAAUCUCUCUUUAAGUACUCAGUCUAACAAAGUCAACUUUAAAAGAGGAUCCUUUCUUUUCAUUAAAUAUAUUGCUAAAAGUUUUAUAGCCGAAGAUGCAGAUGAUGAAAAUUAGUAAGAUUAAAAUGUAAUUGUUGAAUGA